AUGACUCUGGGCCAAGAGAUUCUUUAUCAGAAACUCCAACUCUCAUUGAAUCGACGCGAGCGUGAGGGUAGACUCAUUGAACCAGCAUCACACAAGGCUGUGCAAGGCACGAUUGAUUUCGGAUCGAAUGAUACUCUUUCCCUCUCGAGCUCUGGUAUGUUGAGUCAAGCUUUCCUUCAGCAGCUUGAGAUGCAUCCACACUUCACUAUCGGAGCCAGCACCACCCGUGUCUUCGAAGGUACCAGGCAAUACCUUGCCGACCUGGAACGCGACCUCGCUGCGUUCUACCAAGCAGAAGAUGCGAUGAUAUUCAACUCUGGGUACGACGCAAAUGUGGCGGUCUGGUUUGUGAUUUCACAGCCAGGAGAUAUAGUGGUAUUUGACGAGCUGAUGCACGCCUGCGCGCGUCAGGGCAUUAGGAAUGGACGUGCUAAGGCAUUGCCGUUCAUGCACAAUGACACAGCCUCACUCCAGCACUACCUUAAUUAUGCUCGGGCGCAGAACCCCGGGAUUGCAGAGGGAAACAAUGUCAUUUUCAUCUGCUUUGAAUCAGUCUACAGCAUGGAUGGGGAUGAGGCGCCGAUACAUGAAAUAGUCCGUGUUGCAUCUGAAUCACUCCCACUGGGUAAUUAUGUGCUUGUGGUUGAUGAAGCCCAUUCCCAUGGCCUCGUUGGCCCGAACGGAGCUGGCCUGGUCCGUCAUCAUGGUCUGGAAAAGGAUUUCACAAUCAGGGUCCAGACCUAUAGUAAAGCCCUUGGGUCAUCCGGAGGUGUCGUCUUAUGCAACAACACUAUUAAGCAAAUCUUGCUGAACUAUUCCAAGAAUGUCAUAUUCACAACGGCUCCUAGCUUUGUGUCAGUUGCAGCUAUGAGAGCUGGAUAUGAGAUACUGGCAAGCGAGGACGGGGAAAAGCGUCGAGCGCGGCUGCAGCACAACAUUGGAUACACCUAUUGGACUCUGACAGACCACCCUCGGUGGCAAGAAGUCAAGGAUAGAGGCAUCAUUCGACUGCCGACCGAGAGGGGCUGGCAAUCUAGGGUAUUCAAGUCCGCAAUCUUUGGACUAAUCACACAGCCUGGCAAGGCGCGCUACCUGGCCGAGAGCCUUCAACAGGCUGGAUUCUGGGUCAAUGCAGUCGAGUUCCCUAUCGUUCCCAAAGAACUGGGCCGGGUGCGACUCAUGAUCCAUGCUGAUAACACCGCGGAGCAGAUCGACACGGUUGUGCAAAUGAUUAUGAGGUGGGCAGUGGGACAAAUGAAAUUAGACAUGGUAAACUCGAACAGACUGGCGAGAUUGUAGGUAAGAGGGAUUCAACUCAGGCAGAGCUGAGAAUAAUUAUAG